GUCAGGCGCGUCGAUUGUCGCUACUCGCAGCCAGUACAUGCGAACGAGUUUGCGGUGUGACGCAGCUAUUCCUACUUGUGACAAAUACGAGCUACUCAGCCGUUGAAUCAUUUCGCAUCUACUAUUUACGAGCAUUUUACAUUGAUCCACGAACAAGUGCGCGCGCGUCGCUAAAUAAUACCGUUAUCGCUGCUUCUACCAGUGUGAUAAGAUCAUUACAUCACUGGUUGAUAACAGCCGUCAAGGACCGAUUUGUCUUAACAUAGUUAUCGGUACAAUUCGAUAUGCAACGUUGUUAGUGCAACAGUCUAAACACAGUAGACUCAGUGGUAUUUGUGAGUGUUUCGAAUGCCGCUGUCCGAAUCAUGGGGACGGCGAAGAGACUAAAGAUAACAGUGGUAGGAGAUGGUAUGGUUGGCAAGACGUGUCUGCUCUACGUGUACACAAGAAAUGAGUUCCCUAAGGAAUAUGUGCCGACUGUAUUCGAUAACUACAUCGGACACAUAACUGUUGAUGGCGUUGAAGUCGAAAUGGCACUGUGGGACACUGCGGGACAGGAAGACUAUGAGAGACUGCGGCCGCUGUCUUAUACCUCUACAAAUUGUUUCCUGGUAUGCUUUUCUGUCGGGAGCCGGUCUUCAUAUGACAAUGUUGUCCUUAAAUGGUAUCCCGAGCUGAAACACUUUAGUCAUUCGGUACCAAUAGUACUUGUUGCUACAAAAAUUGACUUGAGGGCGACUGAUAAAGCUGUAAUAACGACACAAGAGGGAAAACAACUUCGAAAGAAAAUUCGAGCUGUUCAGUAUGUAGAAUGUUCCGCGCUGGAGAGAAUCAACAUGCAUGAGGUGUUCGAAGAAGGUGUGCGUGCCGCUCUCCGCAAAAAGCCCGUUACCAAACGAAAUUGUCAAUUCCUGUGAUUAUUAUAAUUAUCUAUAGUUCACCAUGCGCUUGUAUUCAAGUUGUGUUCCAGUUUUAACGUCACUUAUAACGAUACAUUCCAGCAGAUUAUUAAAGACAACGCUACGCUCCUCUGACAAACCUAAAAUAUUUAACGUAGUGAGUGCAAUUGAUAAUUUUUGUAUUCUUAACGUCUUCUCCACAUUAUAAUUUUUAUAUUAACAUUGCUGUCAACCUUAGAUUAAGGAUUGGUUGCGCUCCAACUAAAUACCGCAGGCGUACUCGCAAAGUACGGUUAUUAAUACUACGUCUAAGUGAGCGUACUCGAGUCAAUCUCGAACAAUGUUUGACGUUGACGUGCCACAUGUUCUAUUGAACUAAAAUUCCGGGUUGCGUAGUAAUACUUUGUAAAAAUACUGGGAUUAUAUCAGCAGUAAGUAUUCCGUUCCGUUUUUUAAAUUCACUGUAAAAUAACACGAAGCGUAUAAAGUUACAAAAUUUUAAAGACGCCAUUGUGUGUUAAAAUGCCACGCACACAAGCAUCUAACAGUUACCGUAAUAAAUCUAGUAAAUAAAAUAAAAUGUAGUAUCUAGUUGGAGCGCAGCGGACAACAAUUCUUCAAUCUAAGCUGUCAACAAUACGUAUUGCCCUCCCUUUAAAGCCGUUAUCUUCAUAGUAACUAACAUAGUAACUAAAAGCUUAACUUUAAGUAGAAAGGCGUACCUUCCUACAUAUAGUUAGGUAUAGAUUAUAGAGUAAUAAUCUGUCAAAACGGUUUUAUAGCUACUAGGUAGGUACCCUUACAAUUUGAUUACGUUAUGGUUGACCUCAGCUACGAAAGAUAUAUAUUAUAAAAAUAUGUAUAAUAUUAUGCUUGUACAUACUAGGUACUUACUAAUUGUUAAUGAGAAUAAAUAAUAUAUGUAUAGUUUAUGGUCUAUUCGAGUCGGAAUGGUAAACAACGGUUUUAACAAUUAUUGAACGUAACAAGGUGACCCGUGCAAAUUCGAUAAACGGUCAGAAUGUAACAAAAAAAUACUUUGAGAUAGCGUAUUCUAAAAUUGUCUGUGCUGUUAAUAAUUUAUUAGUGGUAAAUCUAUAAUUUCUUAUCAAUAGCGAUAAACAUAAGCUUUAAAAAACACCAGAAAUUAAACAUACCAAAGUCAAAGAAAGAGAUAUAUAUAUUUAUAUAAGGUUAGCGUUAUAUUAGAUAAAUUAGGUAAGUACUGUGUAUCUUCGAUUCUUUAAGGUUCGAGUUCAAAACGGUAGUAAAUACCUACUUAAAUACUUAUUAUAAAUAUUAUUAAUUACCUAUAAUUUGUAUUUUGGUACCGAGCUACAGGCUUAAGCGAAACUCUCUAAGAAAAAAGCGAUUCACUCGAUUGUGUGAAACGUGCAGUCAUGAUGACGGCUAUAAUCUUCUAAAAAAAGGAGAUAGCCGAAAUCCACUACGCUAUAAGCAACUGUUCGCUUUCAAACUUAACCGGAUUAUACUUCGUCGCCAUAUUGUAAUUACUAUUUCAAACUUAAGGCAAAACUCACUGUAUGUUUCAUACUAAACUAAAUUUCAAUUUUUACUUAGGCAGUCCCGCCUCUUAGUACGUCAUUCUCGUUGCUACCUAAGUAUUUCAAAUUACUAAUUAUUGUUUUAAGCGCAAUAUUUUGGAGUCACCAUAUUGAUAAUUAUUUAAAAGUAUUAUUUGUAUAAAAAGUAAUGUGUGUAAAGUAAUGUUUAUAGCAAAAGGCCAAGAUUAGAUUAUUAUUACUUAAUACUAUUAAACUUACCUUUUAAAAAUUAUUGACAUAGAUACCUACUUAAAGUAUGAAAUAGAAAGCGUUAAGGUACAUUUGCUAUUUUUCUUUUGUAUAAUCAAUUUCAUAUAGAUAUCUACUUAUUUAUUUAAACAACCAAUAAAGUUAUUUUGUUACCAUGA